CUUUGAAUUUGAGUUUUACAUUGCAUAUUUUAAAUUUAUAGAUUUCUAGAUUAAAGAAAAAAAUCGAUAUUUUUAUACUUUAGUGGCUGUAGUAAUAUAUCGAAGAAACAAAUCUUAUAAAAUUCACCAACUAUCUUUGUGAACAGACAAAAAUUCUUUGGGUCUCUAAAUAUAAUACGUGAACCGGGAAAAGGAAGUUUAUGACGAAAAUAUUCAUUCAUAUAUAAUUUUAGGAAUUCGUGUAUCUAUGGAAACAAUCAAAUCUUUGGGAAUUCAAUGAUGGACAUAACAUUCUACGAUUAAUCCAGACCUAUAAUAUAGAUAUAUAUUUGGGAGCCAAGUUAUGUGGCUUGCCGUUUCUCCAUAGCAAACCCUAGCGCAGCAGUUACUUUCAGGGUUUCUCGAACCAACGACGAUGGCACAAGUCGAAUCAGAAGUUUCCGCAGCUGCUCUUGCCAAAAAGAGAACGUUCAAGAAGUUCUCCUACAGAGGAGUCGAUCUCGAUGCUCUUCUUGAUAUGCCCACUGAUGAUCUUGUCAAGCUCUUCCCUUCCCGUAUUCAAAGAAGGUUGUCUAGAGGAUUGACGAGGAAGCCUAUGGCUCUCAUCAAGAAGUUGCGCACAGCGAAAAGAGACGCACCAGCCGGUGAGAAGCCAGAAGCAGUGAGAACCCAUCUAAGAAACAUGGUGAUUAUGCCUGAAAUGAUUGGAAGCAUCAUCGGUGUGUACAACGGAAAAACUUUUAACCAAGUCGAGAUCAAACCGGAGAUGAUUGGGCAUUACUUGGCUGAGUUCUCAAUCUCGUAUAAGCCGGUUAAGCACGGUAAGCCUGGUGUUGGUGCUACCAAUUCCUCAAGGUUUAUCCCUCUCAAGUGAAGCCAUUAUAAGACGCCCGUGUUGUAUUUUUACCAUUUCUUCUAAUUUUUUUUUGUUUAUUUGAAUCUUCUUUAGAUGACUCUAUUGUCCUUUAAACUUUUCGGAUUAUCGAUAUAUUCUAUACUAUUAUUCUU